CCGAUGCUGGUUGGUGGGCGCAUGCGCAGCGCGCGCUCCGCGGAGCUGAACCGGGGCGAGUAGAGAGCUGUCAGAUAAGAGAGCUGUCAGAUACUAUAGCCAUAUGAAGUUGAACAUGGCAGAAGAAGAGGACUAUAUGUCUGAUUCCUUCAUUAAUGUCCAAGAAGAUAUCAGACCAGGAUUGCCAAUGCUAAGGCAAAUCCGAGAAGCCCGCCGAAAAGAAGAAAAGCAACAGGAAGCCAAUUUGAAAAACAGGCAGAAGAGUUUAAAAGAAGAAGAACAAGAAAGACGUAACGUUGGGUUGAAGAAUGCACUAGGCUGUGAAAACAAAGGGUUUGCCUUGCUGCAAAAGAUGGGCUAUAAAAGUGGUCAGGCACUUGGCAAGAGUGGGGGUGGUAUUGUUGAACCGAUUCCUCUCAAUAUCAAAACAGGGAAAAGUGGCAUUGGUCAUGAGGCAUCAUUAAAACGGAAAGCAGAGGAAAAACUGGAAAGCUACAGAAAAAAGAUUCACAUGAAAAACCAAGCUGAAGAAAAAGCUGCAGAACAGUUUCGAAUGCGACUUAAAAAUAAGCAAGAUGAAAUGAAGCUAGAAGGAGAUCUCAGAAGAAGCCAGCGAGCCUGUCAACAAUUGGAUGCCCAGAAAAAUAUUCAGGUUCCCAGGGAAGCAUGGUACUGGUUGAGGCUUGAAGAGGAGACUGAAGAAGAUGAAGAGGAAAAAGAACAGGAUGAAGAUGAAUAUAAGAGUGAAGAUUUAAGCGUACUGGAAAAAUUACAAAUAUUGACUAGUUAUUUAAGAGAAGAACAUCUGUAUUGUAUUUGGUGUGGAACAGCCUAUGAAGAUAAAGAAGACCUAUCUUCAAAUUGUCCAGGACCAACUUCUGCAGAUCAUGACUAAGAUUAUCCCCAAUAAAAGUAGAAACUCGAAAAGUGUUAUUAUUUCCUAGGGAUGGACGAUUCAGCAGCUGGAAAUCCAAAAUUUUUUAUGCCAGUAAAGAAAGAGGGACUUUAUAUAAUGUUUUGUUCUUUUCGUACUUUAGAGUAUGAGUGUUCACUGACUUGAAAAAAAUAAUGCAAUGGCAUUUCAGAACACCAGUAUCAUAGAGAUGGACAGUUACAAUUUAUUGCUGUAUUGUGAUACAUGAGGGGUUUAAGGACACCAACAGGUAAUUAUCUUAUUCCCCUCUUCACUUUGGAACAAAUUGAGAGAUAAGAAAUGGGAGUCAGAGGAAGAGAAAAAUAUCCACUUUAUCAGUGAAUAAACUGAAAUAGAGAAGAAGGUUGACUUUUUCUCCAGUUGAACACUCUAAUAUUUCUCCCUGAUUGGAGAGAACAGCAGGUCUCUGUCUUGUUGGGGCAGAGCCCAUCUUUGCAUUCUGAGACCAGUUAGCUUUCAAGGUCAGGGAAACCACCAGGGACUGGACCACACAUGCUUAGUUCCUUCUUGUAUCACCUGUGGGAUGAGACAGUUCUCUGUUGGGAAGGAAUGAAUGAGGGUUCAGAGAACUUUUUCCUACACUUCUUGCUUUGAAAGAGCAAAGAGAAUUUCCCUUCCCUCCAUCCAAGCAUGAAGAGGAGGGGAAAAGUAUUCCCCUCAACAAGGCUGAUGUCAGAGGCAGUGUUCCAUCAGUACUACUAAAUUCUAAUCCAUUUUACAAACAAAAUAACUGUGAUAAUUUCUGGUAAAAUCAUGAGUUUUCAUGACAAUGUCUGUAUCCAUUAUAUGUGAUCUGUUGGAAGUUUUGGCUAGAGAAACUUAAGAAUUGUGAGGAAACUCAAAUAUCGUGUGAUCCAAGUAUUUACUGAAUUUGGAAACCCCUUGAUAGCAUUCCCAGCAAGUGAUAGUUCAACCUUUGCCUUUAUUCUUCUAGCCACAGAGAGCUCACUGCUUUAAAACCAUUCCAUUACUGGGUAGCUCUAAAUUGUUUUCGUUGUUUUCUCUUAAACUGAAAUCUGCUUCCAUGUAAUUUUACUGAAUACAGCUAAGAACAUACCAUGUGGCAUACUAUGAGAGAGCUCCAUCCAGGGUGAGGCAUCAAAAUCCUGAACCUUUUUAAAAGUUCAUAUGCUCAGGCGUCUCUCCUAGUGAUUGAUUUUGAUUCAUCUAGUCUCAGGUGGUUCUGGAUAUCUGUAUUUAUUUUGAAGUCCCAAGAAUGAGUGAUGAGCACCUGAGGAUAAGAACUAGCGCUGAGGUUAAGUAUGGAGCACCACCAUUCUUUGGAUAGAGUUGUGAUCACCUGUGUGAUUUUAUAGCUCACCUUUUAGUUGGAUUGAGCAAGAGAACAACCCCUUUUAUUAGAAACAGCAUACAUAAGAAGAUCGCAAAAACUAACCUACACUUGCUAGGGUAAGAUAAUCAGUAGUACAACUUGUAUUAAUCUCUGACUUAAUAUUACCUAAUUCACUUUUCAAGCUUAACUUGGGGAGCUUUACAAAAUAAUAAUAAAAGGGUCCCAUCCCAAGAGAUUCUGAUGCCAUUAGUCACUGUGACAUGGGCAUCACUGCCCUUGAUUCUAAAAUGCAGCCUAGCUUGAGCCACUAAUCUAGUUAACUUCUGGGCCUCAGUUCUUCCUCCAGAAAACUAAUUAUUUUUAUGAAUGUAAAUAUAUAUAUAAUAUUUUAAGUUUAUAUGGUUGGAUGCUGUUGUUUAAUAUUUACUUUUUUGUUUUAAAAAAAUUAUAAAAUUGGCUGAGUGCAGUGGCUCACUUCUAUAAUCCCAGCACUUUAGGAGGCCAAGGCAGGCAGAUCACUUGAAACCAGGAGUUGGAGACCAACCUAGCCAACAUGGUGAAACCCCUCUCUACUAAAAAUACAAAAAUUAGCUGGGCGUGGUGGCGCACGCCUGUAAUCCCAGCUACUCAGAAGGCUGAGGCAUGAGAAUUGCCUGAACCUGGGAGGCAGCGGUUGCAGUGAGCUGAGAUCAUGCUACUGCACUCCAGCCUGGGUGACAGAGCAAGACUCUGUCUCAAAAAAUAUAUAUAUAUAUAUAAUUUUAUUAGUAGCUAUUAAUAAAACAGAGGAGUACAUUUUACCCUUGCAAUUACAGUCAAUACUUUGGUGUCAUUUCAGCCAACAUACCAACAUUCAGUCAAAUCCCAAAGCCAAAUGGAUAAUUUCAGAUGGAAUGGAGUUAGACAGGAACUGGCUUCCCUUUCUCCUCUUACUGACUAUGAGGACAACCCACACCUGCUCAGUGGCCUAAAAUAUUUUAAAUAUGUUCAUGACAAUUAUGCUGCGAAUGCCAGAAUAACACUGAUGGAACCCAUGACUUCACCAGGAUUGUGGUCUACAUUUACAGGCCUACGACUAGGACUAGACCAGCUUAGAGAGUGGGAGAUAUCCCUCCAUUCUUGUCCAUUGAAGGAUAAAAGUACAGGCUUUCAGCUAGGUGCAGUGGUGCAAGCCUUUGGUCCCAGCUACUCAGGGGCCUGAGGUGGGGAAUUCUUUGAGCCUAGGAGUUUGAAACCAGCCUGGGCAACACAGUGAGAGACCGCCAUCUUAAGGAGAAAAAAAGAAUCAGGCUUUCAAUAUGAGUAAAAACUUAUUUUUAGGCCUUUUAUGACUUUAUAAAUAGGCAAUAAUGAACACCAAGGGAAGCAAAACAUUGAAAAGAAUUUUAAAAUUUGUUAUAGAACAUUCAUAUGAAAUUUGAAACUGCAAAACAAUGUAAAAUUUAAUGUCAUGUUGUCAUUUACUUUUGUGUAUAUUGUGCUAUGUUUAUUUUCAAAGUCCUAUCUAGAAAUUCUAAAAUGUCUUAUUUUCUUCAUUAAAAAUCCAGAAUACUGUAGUUUCUGAAAUUCAAAAUAAAUACUUUAACAUACCAAAUUGGUUUUUCUAACAUUUAUUUCAAUUGUUAUUUGUUAAACAUUUAAUUGUUGAAAUUUGAAAAUGAACAUUAUUAUUAAUUAGACACAUUUUACAGGCUCAAGCAUUCAAAAUUCUUAACUUUGAGUUCCUGCUUUCUUCACAGCAGUGCACUCACUGCUUUGUGGUAUACAAGAGUGACAGCUUGUCCCCAUUCUUACAGUAUAAUGAAAUUAGCAGUAUAAUGAAGAAAAGUGCUAUGUAUGAAUCACUGAGCUCUAAGACAAACUGGUAAUAACAAUUAGGUACUAAACAAUGGGAGUACUAGGGAGAAGAUUCAUUUUGAGUGGGAGAUGUUCGAACACUUUGGAAAUAACACUGAAUUUGGGUUCUAAAAAGAUGGAUAUAAUUUUGAUAUGCAAAGUUAUGAGGAAAAAGUUACCAUAUGAUCCAGCCAUUCUCCUAGGAAUAUACAUCCAAGAGAAAUGAAAACAUGUCCACAUAAGAUUUGUACACAAAAGUUCACAGUAGCAUUAUUCAUAGUAGCCAAAAAGUAGAAUCAACCCAAAUGUCCAUCAGCUGAUGAAUGGAUACAUAAAAUGUGACAUAUCCAUAUGAUAGAAUAUUAUUUGGCAAUAAAAAGGAAUGAGAUGCUGAUUCAUGCCACAGCUGGGAUGCACCUUGAAAACAUUAUACUCAGUGAAAAAGACCACAUGUAUGAUUCUAUUUAUAUGAAAUGUCUAGCAUGGGCAAAUCUAUAGAGAUGGAGAGUAGAUUAGUGGUUACCUAGAGUUGUGAGAAAAUGGAGUGAAUACUAAUGGGUAUAGGGUUUCUUUUGGGGGUGAGAAAAGUGAUGGUUGCACAACUCUGAAUAUA